UCAGCCUUCUGUAAGACUUUUGAUCAACCUUUGAAAACUUGCAGUGAAGAAAGGAUAAAUGGAUUAUUUUAUUGCUAUGAAAACAGAAACAUUUACUCUGAAAAUAUAUAUUUAGAGAAUGUUGAGAGUGCAAUUGGCUGCAUAGUCAAAGGGAAGGCUCUGAUGUCAAACAUGCCCCAUUUAGGAGGUUCAGUGGCAAAACACCAGGGAAAGAAUUUAACUGAUCUUCAGUGUGGUAUCCCCUCAAUGCAAGAGAAUAAGAAGGAAACAGAUGAUGUUCAUGUGCAAAUUCCUCAAGAAGCCCUCCGUGCAGCCAUUGGGAGUGAUGAUGAAGUUAACUCUGCCAUUAUCUGGUUUAAAGCAGGCCUGUUCCCGGUACACGAGGCGAACAGCUCGCUCCUGAAUGAUCGCGUCUUAGCCAUCAAAUUGGACAAGGAGGUUUCCGGCCUCACAAGAAAAGUCAACAUCACUUUUUUCCACCAAAAUUCAUCAUUUGAAAAUGCUACAUGUACUUUCUUGGAUAGGGGGAAAGAUGGCUCAAACCCAAUCUGGAACUCAUCUGGAUGUAGCACUGAGCAAGGGAAAGGGGAGAUUGUGUGCUCCUGCGAUCACCUGUCCUUUUUCGCUCUUCUACUGGCAGGUAAUGGUACCCAGGUGUCCGGACUGCUGAGCUCCUACUCCAUCUGGCUCCUCACCCUGCUGUCCCGGAUCGGGUGUGGGGUGUCUGUGUGCUGUCUCGCUUUGGUCAUCGCCUUCCAUGCAAUAUACAGGUGGCAUAAUUCUGAGCAUUCUCUCAGUAUCCACAUCCACCUUUGUGUGGCGCUGCUGGGCCUGAACCUUUCCUUCCUCGCCAACGACAGCAUGACCUCCCUAAACAACCACGGAGUCUGUAUCUUCAUCGCCGCGGCGACACACUACUCCCUCCUCUGCACCAUCACCUGGUUCGCCAUAGAGGGCUUUCACCUCUACUGGCUCGUAAUCCGUGUCUUCAAUGUCUACAUCAAGAGAUACCUGCUCAAGCUGGCUCUGGUGGGCUGGGGGUUACCUGCAGUGGCUGUCAUAUCGAUCCUAAGCUGCGGAAAGUAUGGCAAGUACAACAUUUACCAGCUUGAGGGCGGCGCAGUAACAAUGUGUUACCUGCCUGAAUCGGUACUGCUCAGCAUCACCUUCAGCUUCUUCGCCAUGGUGGUCCUGCUGAACCUGCUGGUGUUCGUGGCAGUGACUGUGCAUGUUGUGCGUGCGCGGAGGCUAAGCCCCGCCCAGCAGGAGCGGCACAUCACCCGGAAGGACAUAUUCAGCCUGAUGGGGGUCUCCUGGCUUCUGGGGCUGUCCUGGGGGGUGCUGCUCUUCCCGGUCAGCCCUCUGAAGGAAGUCAUCUUCUACAUAUUCUGCAUCCUUAACUCCCUCCAUGGUGUCUUUGUGUGCGUGCGCUAUUUCACUCUCCACCACCGGCCGAAGGAAUCCCCCGGGACCAUGCUGUCAACAGUAACCACCACCACAGACGGCGUCGCAAGUGCCUCCGUCAACAAUAGGGAACCAGGGUGCGACUCUGUCUCCGGACCCUCGACGGGACUCGGCUCACACGAGGAGGUGGAGAAGUCUGUCCAGGUCAGCCUGGCAACCCUAAAGGGACCAUGA